GGGGGUAGAAAAAACCUGUUUGUUUAGAUGGGUUAGGGUUUCUGCGUCGGCUAGUUUGGACGCAGGAGACCACAGGGGAGAGGCAAGGAGCAGCACGGGCGAUGGGCGCGCCGAAGCAGAAGUGGACGUCGGAGGAGGAGGAUGCGCUCCGCCGCGGCGUGCUCAAGCACGGAGCCGGCAAGUGGCGGACCAUCCAGAAGGACCCCGAGUUCAGCCCAGUCCUCUCGUCCCGCUCCAACAUCGACCUCAAGGACAAAUGGAGGAAUCUAAGUUUCAGUGCAAGUGGAAUGGGUUCAAGGGAUAAAACGAAAAGGACAACUGGACCCUCAUGUUCCCCAUCGUCUACCUCACAGGCUUCGGCUGUCCCAGUGGCAAAUAAAGUUGCUGAAGCUCCACCAGAUGCUGAGAAAAAGCAACAGGAAGUGAAACCUCAACCAAAGUAUGGUGCCAUGAUCCUGGAAGCUCUUUCGGAGUUGAAUGAGCCAAAUGGUACAGAACUUACUGAAAUCUGCAGCUUCAUAGAGCAAAAACAUGGAGUGCCAACAACCUUUAGAAGAGCGAUUGGUACAAAGUUACGGCGACUUGUAGAUUCAAAAAAAAUUGAAAAGGUUGAUACUAAGUCCUAUAGGCUCACCGAUUCCUUUGCGACAAGAACUCCAGCUCCAAUAAAAGCUUCAGCUCCAAAACAGAAGGAUCCAUCCAAGCCAUCAAAGGUGUCAAAGAACCUAGGAUUGUUUGCCACCUCCAGCCCUGCACUAGAGGCAGCCAUUGCGGCAGCAGCCAAAGUAGCUGAUGCAGAGGUGAAAGCACAUGAUGCACAUGAUCAGAUGAUGGAGGCAGAAAGGAUCCUCAAGAUGGCUGAGGAGACGGAGUCUCUCCUCACGAUUGCAGCAGAGAUCUAUGAUCGAUGUUCAAGGGGAGAGAUAACCACAUUAAAUCCGGCGCAAAGGGAGGCCUGAAACCUACCGGAGACCUCUGUUCUCAUGUACAUGGAUAGGUUGUCCUGGAUUAUCUGCCCAUAUUGCUCCUGUGUUGUAUAAUUUAAGUGUUUGUGCUGUACUUGGGAUAUCGGGUUAAACUAAAUGACACCAGUGCACUGCCUGACAUCAAUCUUUUAAUGAUUUGUAGAGAUGUAGUCGCAUCUUGCCAUGCCUGCGUCACUUCAUACA